AUGCGAAAGCACGCGGCGUCGCCCGCAACCCCCGAUCGCUUCGAUGUCACAACGCAGCGAGACAACUCGCUCACGGCCCGAACAAAUUCACGAUAUCCCAAACGGGACGGUCCAAAUUUCAAUCACUGCAGGCUCACUAACGGAGACGGGAAUCGACAGACGAUUUACGAAAUAGGGGCGGCGCGUCGCGGCGGGCGCUCUCGCCGUGAACGGCCCAUGAAACCGAACGGGGUAGACGACAGAGACGGAGAGAGAGCGCCUCUCGCUCUACCGUCGUCGUUCACCGCCGAGAGCGCGCACCGGGGCGGCGCCUUGCGGGUAGGGGCAGGUAGGAGGGAAGGGGAGGGGGGCGCCCCCUCACCUACGCCCUACACCGCGCGUCCAAACAGAACCUUGAGCAACGGAAGCGGCCGAGCGAAUUUCGACCUUAAGCCGACGCCGCAAGCGCCACGCGACGCAGCACCGGCCGCGAGAGAGGGAGGGAGAUACGAGCUCCCCGCGAGCCGGAGGGAGAGGGAAACAGCCGCUGCACUCCUCUCGCGCGAACUGAUUACAUCCGAAUGCGAGUGGCAGGUGACGCGGCGCGGUUGCAAC